UUUCCAUUCUGUCGUAUGCCCAGUCAAAGCUCGCCAAAAGCUUUCCGGCUGGGGGUCGAUCAUUCUGCUUGCUUUCUACCUUCGACAUCACUCAUUUCACGGCCCAGGAAAGGUUCUUGCUCACUUUCCGAUCCUCUUAAUACCUGCGGAUCUCAACUGGCGGUCGAUCCGCCUCGUAUGCCGCUUCAAUAAAGCUCCUCGCUCUCUGGAGCCUCGACGGUCUUGUUCUCCUUUGACGAGGCCUUCGUCAUAGCUUUUCCUCAACAUGACUUCCCUUCGGCUUCGGCGCACACCAGGUCUAGGCCCUUGCCUUGCCCUACCUAGAAGCAACCGUACUCUACAAGCUCGCUCAUUUAGCGCCCUAAGAACGAAACCUACAUCUCGUCAGCCAUGCCUUUCCGGCUACCGAGCCGCCGCCCUGCCAACAUAUGCAUGCCUUUCGCGUUACCAGCAGUUCAGCACUUCGCCAGCUCAGUAUGGUGAGGUGAUUAUCAAGGUCCCGCAGAUGGCUGAGUCCAUCUCGGAAGGCACCCUCAGCACCUUCUCAAAACAAGUGGGCGACUCGGUCGACCAGGAUGAAGAGGUAGCUUCCAUUGAAACGGACAAGAUUGACGUUUCGGUCAAUGCACCUGAGGCUGGUAAAAUCACGGAGCUGCUGGUCAACGAGGGUGACACCGUGACUGUCGGUCAAGAGAUCGCAAAGAUGGAGACAGGCGCAGGCGGUGGUGAAGGAGCUAAAGAGGCGAAGGAAGAGCCCAAGGAACCUGCCUCUGAAGAUCAGCCUACAAGCUCGCAACCAGCGGAGCCAAAGGAAAAGGAGCCAAAGAAGGAGGAACCCAAAAAAGAAGAGCCUCCUCCACCUCCGAAGAAAGAAGAAAAGCCCGCACCACCCAAGGAAGAGAAGAAGCCUGCACCACCGAAGGAGGGGAAAAAGCCCGACGAGCCGAAAGGAAUUGACUCACCUUUCGGCAAGGGCAGUAGGAACGAGAAUAGAGUGAAAAUGAACCGCAUGCGUCUAAGAAUCGCAGAACGACUGAAGCAGUCUCAAAACACUGCCGCGUCGUUGACCACCUUCAACGAAGUCGACAUGUCCAACAUCAUGGAGUUCCGUAAGAGAUACAAGGACGAAGUGUUGAAGAAUACUGGGGUCAAAUUGGGCUUCAUGAGCGCUUUCAGCAAGGCCGCCGUCCUUGCGAUGAAGGAGAUUCCUACAGUCAAUGCUUCGAUUGAAGGUCCAGGAGGUGGUGAUACCAUCGUCUACAGAGAUUAUGUGGAUAUCAGUGUCGCUGUCGCUACGCCCAAGGGUCUGGUCACUCCUGUGGUUCGUAACGCAGAAAGCAUGGAGAUGGUGGACAUCGAAAAGGCGAUUGCGGAGCUGGGCAAGAAGGUAAGCCAGUCCGCAAGGAUCGGCGUGGAGCGUGCUAAUGUUUUCAGGCACGAGACGGCAAGCUUUCGAUCGAAGAUAUGGCUGGCGGUACCUUCACGAUCAGCAACGGUGGUGUCUUCGGUUCAAUGUUGGGUACUCCGAUCAUCAACUUGCCUCAAACUGCAGUGCUCGGCCUGCACGCUAUCAAGGAAAGAGCUAUGGUCGUGAACGGAAAGAUCGAAAUCAGACCUAUGAUGUAUCUUGCCCUCACCUACGAUCAUCGUCUGCUUGAUGGUAGAGAAGCAGUCACCUUCUUGGUGAAGGUCAAGGAAUACAUAGAGGAUCCGCGCAAAAUGCUGAUUGCAUAGAUAAGCCUCCCGGGUUGCAUCUGGGAGAACGGAGGGCAAGUUGAGCAGUCCGGCUGUACAAAAUUUCAAAAUAGCAGAAGCAUGUUUGUGACCUGUCGCAUUUCUCCCAUAUGACAGCGCAUAGCAACCUAACGACGAGCACAAUCGAGGCAUGAGUUCAAAAUCCUUCUGUUCCCGAGGCUUGUUUAUUCCUUGUCCUUGUCCUUGCCCUUCUGAAGACUGGCUAUCAAUGAUUCUACCCGCUAGUCGCUCGCUUCGGUGCGUUCUGUUUGCUGAACUCGACUUACGUACGCUUCCUGGAGGCUCUAUCCCUGUCGAGCAGGACUGCAGCUUAGAUCUUAUCAAGUCAUCAUCCCGAGAACACUCCCUCCGUUUGAUGACUUUGUCAUGUCGCAGCCGACGGCCGACACUUGCCAGUGGGAUUCUAUUGGAAUGCAGAUCAAGACAAUGCAUUGUACGAGCAAGGGGUUUGUCCAAGCUGUCAAAGUACGGUCCUGCGACAGG